AUGGUUACGCAUGGCAUCCAGCGCAGUGAUGCGCGUCAAGAGGAACAGUCCGAUACUUCGGCCAAGAACAACCUCGGCGGUGUGGAUGGCAUGGCUGUCAGAUGCAGGCCGGAACUCGUGGACCGAGCCAAGAUGGGCUUUGGGAGGGCCAAGAAUAUGUUCUGGACGUUUGGCAAGUUUGUCGGGCCGGGAUUCAUGAUUUCUGUGGCGUAUAUCGACCCCGGAAACUACGCCACUGACAUCGCAGCCGGUGCGUCUUACCAGUACAAGUUCCUCUUCAUCGUCCUCUUGAGCAAUCUUUUCGCCAUUCUCCUGCAGUCGCUGGCCAUUCAGCUCGGCACUGUCACAGGUCUGGAUCUCGCCUCGGCAUGCCGCGCCUAUUUGCCACGCUGGCUGAAUUAUUUCUUGUAUGGGCUGGCUGAAGUCGCCAUUAUCGCGACGGACAUGGCCGAGGUUGUAGGCACCGCCAUUGCGUUGAAUCUUUUGAUUCCCAAGCUGCCUCUUGUUGCGGGAUGCGCAUUGUCCAUUCUCGACGUCAUGGCCAUUUUAAUCUUUUAUAGACCAGACGGCUCCAUGAAGGGCUUGAGACUGUUUGAAAUGUUUGUCUGUCUGUUGGUCCUGGGAGUCGUCGUCUGCUUUUGUAUCGAGUUGAGCAUGAUUACGGGAAGCGUGGGGGAGGUAUUUCGAGGAUACGUUCCGUCAGAUUCGCUCGUUGAGUCGCAAGCACUGUAUCAGGCCUGCGGCAUUCUCGGAGCAACCGUCAUGCCGCAUAGCUUAUACCUAGGCUCUGGUAUCGUUCAGCCCCGGCUUCGAGAGUAUGACACCAAACACGGCCUCAUACCGGACGAGGAGCCGGUCUCUGCUGCAGCUUCCGCUGCCAACGACGAAUAUCUCGACAAGGGAACGUACAUUCCAUCUCAAGCCGCCAUCAAACAUUCACUCAAGUACUCCAUCACCGAGCUGGCCCUAGCGCUCUUCACAUUUGCUCUGUUUGUCAAUUCGGCCAUUCUCAUUGUUGCCGGUGCUUCUUUGUAUCGGAAUCCAGACGCACUCGAAGCCGACAUUUUCGGAAUCCACGACUUGCUAUCCAGGAGCAUCUCGCCUGCCGUGGGUACAAUCUUUGCCCUGGCGCUUCUCCUGUCUGGCGUAUCGGCAGGUAUCGUCUGCACCAUUGCAGGCCAGAUGGUCAGCGAGGGUGCCAUCAAGUGGAAACUCAAGCCGUGGCUUCGUCGGCUCAUCACUCGCUCCAUCAGCAUCACGCCGUCCAUCAUCAUUGCCGGGGCAGUGGGGAGGACGGGGCUGAACACGGCCUUGACGGCGUCUCAGGUGGUUCUCAGCUCCGUGUUGCCAUUUGUUACCUUGCCACUUAUAUACUUUACCAGUCGAUCGAGGUACAUGACUGUUUUGCCGGGAAUGGCGAGAUAUUAUCAUGAGGCGGAUAACGGGCGUCGUCCCCUCAGAGUUAGUAGCGCUGCUGGUGUCAACAUGGCGAAUCCGUGGUAUAUUAUUAUUCUGGGAAUGCUGGUAUGGCUAGUCAUUACGGUAAUGAAUGUGGCCAAUUUGGUCUUGCUGGGCCUGGGCAAAACUGGUUGA